AUGUUAAAUGAGCCUACACCAUGGUACUCAUACUUCCAAGUACUAGAUAUUUUCAAACGCUUAUCGCAAGAAAAUGAAUAUGAGUCAAUUCUGUUCCAAAUAGAGCUAUGGAAGUCCCGAGGAAGGGUCCCUGCAGCCAUUCACGCAACCUACCUUUUACUGAGCGUAAUUCUUUCACACAAAAAUUCCAAUUUGUAUCAAUCAAACAUAAGAGAUUUGUACGCAAUGUCAAUUAUAAGGACCGUAAACUUGCUUUUGGACCAGGAACAGGAUUCAAUAUACGCAAAAAGCAUGAUUCUUAUGGGAAAAGAGGCGAAUUUUCCAGAAAGCAUUAUUAAAUGCCGCCAUAGGUGUUCACACGGAGAUAUUCCAGAUAUGGAAACGUUAAUGUUUACGUUAAAAGAUACCAUAAAUUAUUUAUACAGGAAAUACUGGGAGAAGCAGUCAGGUUUGAUAAAUUCAAGGCUAUCAGAUGACAACCACCACACAUUUGUGUUAUUCUCGGCCUUUCUUCUAGGUUCUUCAGGAAUUGAUACUUUUGAUUCUGGUUUAUAUAUGCGUCAAUUUACUAAAGCUCGAUUUAAACUUAAACAUGCUUUAGAAAAGAAACUAAAACAAAACAUAACUAUAAAAUCUAUACUUUCAGAUAGUAACAGGAUACUACACCUUGUUUCUGGAGGACUAAAUCUCUCAAUUUAUAGAUUAUUGAAUUUCCUAAAAAAGAAACGCAGUCGUUUGUAUUCAACCAGGUCAACAAUUCAUCUGUUCAUCUACACACUAAAGAAGCUGCUAAACUCCUGCUUAAACGAGGAUAUUUUCAUCUCCCUUUUUGUUGAGUGUUUCUUUUGUAAUUAUAAGGCCUUUCAAUCACCAUUGUUCUUUCUCGUUCUAUUCUAUACUAUAUCUCAAUACUCGUUUAAUUUAACAAUCAAGUUUGUAGCACACAUUCUGAACUUGAUUUUUGACAUUUCUGACAUGUUCACUGAUAUAAAGAACUUAGAGAAUGACACUAUAACCCUGAGGGCAAAUUUGUACAAUAAUGUGUUAAUAGGGUUCAAUUUUAAUUCUAAAUAUUCUAACCACAAUAACAUGAAACAUGCUAAAGAUAACAUUCACGGUCUUGCAACUAGUGAAUCGUUCAGAACUAAUGUGAACGACUGGUUCUUGAUGUUACUUGAGUACGCCUUAAGUCUAAAGAAAGAUAAAACAUCUGGUUAUCACAUGAGAUUUUUGAGAUUUUUUAGGGGUUUACCCAGUUCUGAGCUUGAAAAAAUCAUAAACUAUGAGUUUACUGCUCUUUCCAGGAUCCUAGCCGCAACCACUUCCCUCCUUCCCUGCUUUGUACUGAAGAUUUCAUCUGGCACUCAACGAAAUUCUAUCUCCACACCCAAAGAAUGUUCCGACGGAAACUGGGCCAGUGACAGAAUAUCUCACGCAAUAGGCCUGAUUGACUGGCUAAGUUUGGGAAAUGGAAGGUACACGUUCGAACCUGUGGAUGAAGAGCUGAAGAAAAGGGCCAUUUUGGGAUCUCAGACUAAUUUGAAAACAUAUACAGAAAAAAUAAAUAAAAAUUUAUUACCAGGAACAGUAUGGGACAACCAAGACUGCAAAGUGAGACAAACAUUUCCGCUGGGAGGUGACGACACUAACACUCAUAGGAAAAUCAUAGAAUAUCUGGAAAAAAUAAGGGAUAAAAAUUUCAUAGAAGUGGACCCGUGCGAUAAGAAGGCGAUUUGUGCAAAAUCUCAGCUCUAUAGCAUAAACAACAGCCUCAAAUCCGAGAAACUCGACCAGACAAGAAUCCAGAGGAAACUAUUUAAGGCGAUUUCCGCAGGCACAAAUAAUUGUAAAAAAAAUUUCAAAAAUAAUAAUCUGACUUAA